AUGGACCAUUCGGAAUUGGCAGAGAUGAUUGCGUUCCCUCUCCGAAAUGCGGCAACAUCGGACACUCCUGACAAAAUUCCCAGUCACCGAAGAUGCAAGGCCAUCAGUAUCACGACUUGCCAGAGUAUCCCCGCCCCGACUUUCAGCGCACCGGAUCGCGCUGGCUGUCACUGGACAGCUCUUGUGAAUGACUCUUUGACAAUGACGAUGUCAGAUUGGCCCUUUGAUGGCACCAAUCCGGCUUACCAACUGAAGUUGCCGUCGAAGGGGGCAGCCCAGAAAGGCGGCUAUAAGACUGAAAGCGACACCAUCACUCAGCGCAUCGCGGCCGGGACCCAAGAUCUACACAAGGACAAUGUCUUUACGACAAACGGAUUUGCCAACAUCAACCACAACCAACUCAUUGUUCUCUCUUGUGUCUUCCAGUCCCCCUGCGUCGGGCAUCAACAAACGCGGCAUUCACGAAGUGCAUUGGAAAGAAAGAAAGCAUUACAGACUUACGCAACCAGGCUGAACGACAAGACGGCCGUUGUCUCCUGCUGCGGUUCGGCGCCGUGGAUGACGGAGCCUCUGUCUGGGUCAACAGAAGCUUUGUCGGCACAUUACGAGGCCUCUUUCUGGGUCAACAGAAGCCUUGUCGGCACCCAUCGGGGAGGCCACGUCCCGUUCCAGUUUGACGUGACGGAUACCCUGGAUGCAGACACCCGUGACGUCCAUCGGGUGACGGUCCGUGUCUGUGGCAAGCAAUCGAAUGAAGUCACAAUGACGAUGGGUAUGCAGUCAAUACAAUGGUCCAGCGGCGUCGGACUAUGGCGGCUGGAUGAUGCCCCUUGCUUUCAAAUGCUUUGUCUGGAUCAGGGCUACUGGCCAGCUACCUUUCUCACCCCUGAAUCCAGCUACAGUUUGGAGAAGGACGUUCCGGCAAUAUCUCGACUGUUCCAGUCAGGAGUGUACGGAAUCUGUCAAGCUGGCCAUCAGCCAUCUGUCGGUGGUGACUUGGACGUAAGUAUUUGCUCUUCGUCACAUAUACUUGGUGCAAUGGCCUACUAUUAUAUCAAUUUGCGCAUAGCUUCUAGAACAUUGGAUCCCACGCGGAGCAUCAAUGACAACUGCGGCUGGGAACACAUCUGCACGAACAUGUUCACUUUUCACGAUUACAGUGACGACCCAGAGUUGCAGGACGUGUGCCGAACUGAAUGUCAUUUUCGGGCCUGGGGCUAUACCACUGCUAUGGGCCCUGAAGACCUGUUGUAG